CAGAACUAUAGGAGGAAUCGAAGUGUUUGGCGUGAGCGUGAGGAGAACUAUCAAUGUUAUAAGAUUUCGUUUUUUAUACUACCAUUAAACACUAACGAACUCCUUUGUAGUAUCACAGUGGGACCAGAAUUCAAGAUGUUUAACAGACAGACGAGCCUGUGGAUGGGUGAUCUGGACCCAUACAUGGAUGAGAACUUCAUCAAACAGGCCUUUAGUGCUAUGGGAGAAUCCCCGUUUGGAGUCAAGAUCAUCACCCACAGGAUAACAGGUGGUUCUGCAGGAUACUGCUUUGUGGAGCUGGCAGAUGAAGCAAGUGUUGACCGCUGUGUUCAAAGACUCAACGGAAAACUGGUUCCUGGAUCAAACCCGCCCCGGAAGUUUAAGCUAAACUAUGCGACCUAUGGCAAACGGCCAGAGGCAGGGCCAGAAUUUUCAGUGUUUGUAGGCGAUUUGGCCUCUGAGGUGGACGACUUCCAGCUGCACCAAGUUUUUAAGAAGUACCCUUCGUGCAAAGGAGCCAAAGUCGUCACUGACCAGUAUGGAUACUCCAGAGGCUAUGGGUUUGUCAAGUUUGGAGAGGAGAGUGAGCAGAAGAAGGCCAUCGAGGAGUGCCAGGGAACAAUGCUCGGCGGAAAGCCGCUCAGACUCAGCAUCGCUGUGGCAAAGAGUCAAAAGAUGAGCAGCUACCACGGGGGCCAGGGUCAGAAUUACCAUAGCAGCUACAACCAGUCCCAGUCCAGUUACUAUGGCAGCCAUAGCGGCGGGGGUCAGGGGGGUUACUACUCUCAAUGGGGGGGCUAUGACCAGUACAGUGGCUAUAACAACAGUGGCUAUAACAGUGGCUAUAAUAGCGGCUACAACAGUGGCUACAACUAUAACUACGGGCCCUAUGGAUACCCCCCACCAGGCCACAUGAUGCCACCACCUCCCGUGGGAAUGCCACCCAUGUCCACCGACAUGUCAGGAGCUGCAGAGCAGGGUCAUGAGGAGACUGAGGAUAUAGAGGAUGAUAAUGCAGAAGAGCCCAUCCCCGAAUGUGACGUGGACCAGUGGAACAAAGAUUUUAUGCAGCGCAGCGAGGAGCUGUAUGAUGCCCUGAUGGACUGUCACUGGGAAACUCUGAACUCUGUUGAUUCUCCCAUCCCCUCCCUUUCUUGAUAACUUUUUUGGUCUCUUCUGAUCCCUCCCUAACCCUUGAAUAUUUCAUUUUUUUAUGGUUUUGUACUCCCGAUAACCUUUAUGAUCUAAAGCUGCAUUGACGCCUUAUAAAGGCCACUUCAGUUCACUGUCUCUGUACUUUAUCUAAGCCUGGCUAAAGACUGAUGGUACACACAGAUGUACUUAUUCCUCUUCUAAUACUUAAAGUGCAAAUGAACAUUCACUUGAUUUUAGUGUUUACCAUGUUGGUAAUAUACAGAAAGUUGGUCAGUAACCAGUGGGGUAACUGUGUAGUCCAUACUGUUGAGUAUGAGCUCCUCUACACACCAGAGCUGUAAGUUGAGGGAUGAAGUGCUGAAGCUGCCUUCUCUGCUGUUGAUUGGCACAGUAGGUGUAGUUCAACAAACUGAAUGCUGUCAAUAUUACACCAUUUAAAGGAUGUCACAGAGGAACAAACACCACUGUCGUUUAUUUUUGUUGAGCCACGUUGAAAUGGUCACACCAGCAAAAACUAUCUUUGCUCUUUGAGUAUGGCCCCAGCUCUUUAGGGACAGAUUGUCUUCUGAAGACAGAAAAUAAAUUUAUGCCUUUAUUGUCAUUUGCCAUGUAUUUCCACGAGGGUCGAUUUUUUUGUGUAUAUACAAGGUGUUGGUUUGUCUUGUUUUUUUCAUUUUUAAUGAAGGAUUUUUUUUCUUUUUGUUUUUCUGAUUGAUUUAAAAGACCAGUGUGUAAGAUUUAGUUCCUCUAGUGGCGAGGUUGCUGCUAGAGGAUCACUCCUUCCUUUCCAAGUGAGUGGGAGAACCUACGGUGACCGUCAGGAUAUGUAAAAAUGCAAAAGGGCCUCUCUAGAGCCAGUGUUUAUUUUGUCCAUUCUAGGCUUAUGUAGAAACAUGGAGAUAUGAAGGG